AUGACUUCUUCAAAGGGUGAUGCGGGAAGAGUUGUACUCAAACAGGACGCGUCAGUCAGGAGAUGGAUGAACACCCUCAAGGGCGCAGAAUCGUUUCUUUCUGAUGCAGAAAAGGGGAAGCUGCCAGCAAAGGCGAUUGUGCCAGGGGAGUUCGACUCAGUUGAGAACCUCUUGAAGAGGACAAAGGAGCAGGUGCAUAGAGAGGCCACUAGGCUGCAUGCCCUGGAUGCACCCGAGAAACCGCCAACUCCGAUCGGUGCCAAGAAGCUCGAGCUGCUGACUGGACCUGGAGAGCAGAAUGCUGAGGAGGGCUUCCAGGGUACGGCGAGGAGGGAUGCGCGACCUGGACAGGUCGUCCGUGAAGUGACCGACAUGGUUGAUCAGUACAAGGCGGAGGAGGACGAGGCUGCCAAGGAGCUUCUCCGCACGAUCGCUUCCAAGAUCGUCGAGGCGUUCGACAACCACGGGCUGUCCGCAGCUCAAAUCGCUAGGGAGCUUACGGAUUCGGAUUCGGGCUCGGACGAGGGGGGCGAGUCGUCGGGUACCAUGGCUGAGCGGCAGAUCAUGCCCCAAAAGGGGCAGAUGCUGACAAGCGGGGUAACGUCGGACACCAUCCUGGGCCGAGAGACGCCAGACGUCGGCGUUGCUGACUGCACUGACCUGCCGGGACUGCCCAAGUCGUCCAAGUUCUGCCUGGAAGGGCGACCAUGGUCGAAGCUUCCCGGGAUGAACUCGGCGAUGACCUCCGGAGACAUGCGGGCCAAGAUCAAGGAGCUGAAGGAGCAGGCGAGACGGAACAUGGGGCUCCCCAACGCGAACAAGGUGGACCAGGAGGAGCUGUCGAAGCUCCAGGACAUCGUGAAGAGCACAAAGAAGGCGCUCAACGAGCAGGAGAGCAAGCUCAAGGAGAUUCGAGAUGAGAAGCACAAGGCUUUGCAGGAUCUUGACGAGCAGAAGAAAGUGAUUACCAUGGCGAAAGACGCCAGGAAACAGCGCCUGGCGUGGAGGGCCAUGGACGAUGGGAUGACCAGGGCGUACAAGGAAGCAGGAUUUAAGUUGCCGCUCUCAGCGGGUUUUGACAAGAAGUGA